GACUCGGAAGACCGGUGCAACAUGGAGGAACAAGUUAUCAGAGAACUCGAAAAUGCCUCUCAGAUUGUGCUGGCUCCUCCCAAUCUUGUGACACACGAACAGAGACAAGCUGCAGAAUUGGUUAUUCUCCAGUUCAGGAAAACCAAACUACCAUAUAACAUUUGUAAAACAAUACUAGAGACAUGUAAGACAGAUUAUGUUCUGUACCAGGCAGCUACAACUAUUCAAGAGAGUGUGUUAAGGGAGUGGUCAUUACUUGGUGCCGAGGACAUUGAAUCUUUGCGAGCUUUCCUUCUCCGAUAUAUAACACAGCAUAUAAGCUUGCAGAGCUAUGUCAGAGAGCAAGUUUUACAGACAGUUGCUGUCAUACUAAAAAGAGGGACACUAGACACGAAGGGGGCGCGGCUUGAUGGACUCUUCCAGGAUGUCACUCAACUUAUCAGUAGUGGAAAUGUCACAAUGCAAUUAGUGGCGUGUUCAAUGUUGACAGCAUUGUUGAAUGAAUACUCCAGCUCCAGUAGAACUAGCAGUGUUGGAUUUACCUGGGAGUUCCAUACCAAGUGCAAACGUGCUUUUGAGGAAAAUGACUUGCAGAAGGUGUUCCUGUUCUCACUUCAAGUCCUAAAUGAAAUAGAGAAACAACCAUCACCACUGCCUCGAGAGACAACAGCUGUUCUCAACAGGUUCCUCGGUAUUACAGAACAAGUUCUCUGCUGGGAGUUCACGCCAAAAACUAAUAUGUUACGGCGGAAUGUUGGAUAUUUUGAUAAAGACCAGAGUGUUACAUUGAAGCCUCAUGACAAAUGGAGGGAAACGUUACUCGAUCCAACACUGAUUCAACUUAUAUUCACGAUACAUCAGAAAGCACGUCACAACUCAGAUAUGGCGACCCACUCAAUACAGUGUCUUACACAACUGGCAUCACUAAAUGGACCUGUGUUCCCAGAUGACAGAGCUCGGACACAGUACCUCACUACCUUCAUAGAAACACUUCUAAAUUUACUCAACAGUGUAGACUUACAGGACUAUGAAUGUCUAGGAGUGGCUUGUGUAUUUAAGAACCUAGUAAUGAUGUUCCCAUCUUUAUGUUUGUCCUCUCUACCAGAACAGCUAUACAGCAAGUUUAUAGAACGCUUACAGAAAUUAACAUGUGCUUUUGGUCGAGAGGCUGCUCUGGAAGAAGAGAUGCACAAAGAGGAUACAGUACACAUGGAGGCAUAUGAGAAACUGUUGGAGACAUGGAUGGAACUUCUGACAACAAAGAAAGACAACAUACCAAUGGAGAUAAUCAAGUUCCAUGCUGUACAGGUGUUCAACUCGUACGUACAGUGUCAUAUCAGCCCACCUGAUGGAUGCAGAGUUCAGAACACUCAAGAUUCCCGGCCUGAUGAUGAUGAUAUAGAUGAGAUAGAGGAAGAUGACCGUGACAAGUUUGCUGACCAGUUGUGUAGUGUCGGUGCUCUUGGACGAUUGACAAUAGAAAAUAGCAUAAGUAUGAUCACUAGAGCAAUGGAGGAUCGUAUAACCCGAUUGCACGGACAGCUACAAAGAAUACAUCAGGCACGUAUGGCCUCUGGUAACAUGAACAGCAGCUUCGAUAACACCCUUAUAACAGUAUUACAUGAAGAUCUACACUGGCUUACUCUAAUCACAGGUCAUGUUUUAACAGAGGAGUCAGAAGGGGAGACUCCAAUGAUACCAGCUGAUGUUAUGCAUUUUUCUAUCAAACAGUCAACAGAGAUAGACCUAAACACAACACUCAAAGUUCUUGGGUCCCCCUCGGAUAAUAUUGAUACAAUACCAGGGGCCUCUACACAUACCGAUAAUGUCAUAAGGUUAAUCUCGGCUAUAUUCCGGUUGUGUGAAGUUGAAAAGAAAGCCAUUACCGCCAAAAUGGUUGAUACACUGAGUCCUCAGGUUACAAGUAGUGUAAUGUGGUGUUUAAAACAUUGGUGUAGGUCAUAUCUACUGCCUGAUGAAAACUACUAUAAUCAGGUGAGCAAGGCGUUAUGGGCAGCAUUUGGACGUGAUACAGACGGUGCUCAGUGGACGAUAUCAUUCUUGCUGGACAAAGUAAUGGUAUCACUGAGUGCCUGGAAUGCUGAGGAGAAAACUAUGAUGGAUAUUCUGCAAUUUCUUGUCAUUCUUAUGGACAAUAAAACCAGAGCACAGUACAUUACAAAGAGUGAGGGUCUAUGGACCUUGGUAAGACAUCUUGCCCAUAACCAAGUGCCAUUCUGUAACCUGCCUGCUAAAGCCCUGAGACUUGUCUACAAGGCCUGUGUUUUAGCUGGAGCUGGUGUGGACAACCAGAUGAGUGGGGAAUACUGGCAACUGGUACUGAAGACCCUUCAAGACAAAUUCUAUCACUUGGUAACAGCAGAGGGAUUUGCCAAGAACUGUCAAUCGGCAGACACCAAAGAAGAGGUCAUCAAACUAUUGGAGAGCCUCUGUGGGGUGGCUAAAGGGUCAAGGGUCAAUAACAUCGAUAAAAUAUUUGAUUUUCUGCUGCCAUUGAUGCAACAUUGUGUUACUUUGUUAGAUUUAUAUCACAACCAUGAAGAUGUUGUGCCAUUGAUUCUAGAGUUACUGGUAGAAGUUGUUCAGAAACAGCUGUGCUUCCUUAAUAAUACCAGAUCAAAGACCUUGUAUGAAGUCUGUCUAGCUGCAAUACAGAUGUAUUCUAAACAUAAUAAAGGAAAACGUGUGAAGGAUGCUAGUGAGGAGGAAGAAGAGAGGUACAAUGAUAUUCUCCUUGUUAUGGAACUUCUAACAAACCUUCUCUCCAAAGACUUUGUUGACUUCGGGGAACCAGAUGACAAAACAAAUGGCGAGGAUAGUUCUGUAACAGCUGUCGAUGUUGUCCUGUUUGGCCUGAAUACCAUUAUACCACUCAUGACGGAGGACCUGCUCAGGUUUCCAAACUUGUGUUCACAGUAUUUCAAGCUUGUAGCAUUCCUGACAGAAAUUCAUCCUGACAAAUUUACCUCCUUACCUGAAGAGUUGUUCAAGACGCUCAUGGUCUCCUUGGAGCUUGGUCUUGUUUCAUAUGGUGCAGAUAUAAGCAAGCUGUGUUUAGAAUGUAUAUAUUCCUUGGGAACACAUGUAUUCCAGAACAACCUGGCGGGAACCUUAAUACACAAUACUCUCAAACAUUUCCUUAAGAUUGUGUUCCGAAUGUUGCUUCUAGAGAAUUUCAACAUGGACCUCCUUGACACAGCCAGUUCAUCCUUGUUUUGCCUCAUCUGUUGUCAUACGGAGGAGUAUCAGCACCUAGUACACGAGAUCCUAGACACUCAUAUAGAUCAGGCAUACAAGACACGCCUCCUGGAGGCAUUCAACAACCUAACUCCACCUUCUCUGUCUUUGACAGUCAGUAGACACAAUAAAUUGAUAUUUAUGGAGAAUUUCAACAGCUUCUUGAUAAAUGUUAGAGGAUUUUUGUGUGUGAAAUGAUGCACUUUUUACAAACUAUGCAAUAUAUGUUCUGCUGAGAGGAAUUUUAGUGAUUACACAUAUGUGGAGGGUACACAGUAUGUUUGCAAAAAGCUCAUGUUCAAAAUAUUAUGCACAGGUACACAGGCAUUAUUUAUUAUUUAUAAUCAAAAAGUGCUAUGAUUGGAAGAAAAGGGUAAAGAGACUGAAGUUGGAAUCCUACUCAUUAGUGAUUAAUGUGAAAUCUGUUAUUGCAGGUCAAUGAUAUGUUACCAGUGUCCUGCAUGUAACACCAUUCGUUCAAGAUGUAAUGCUUAUAGCACUAUAUAUUACAGAUGUUAUGCAUGUACCAUCGUGCAUAACAGAUGUCCAAGCACAUACAUUAUAGAUGUACCAGCAUCUGAUAUCACAGAUGUCGUAGCAUUGAUAUCAUAUCUUUAUAAAUUAAAUACUUGCUUUGGAUAAAUUAUAUAACUGUAUUGCCAUGGGAGACUGUGGCCCAGAACAGAAUCUUGACCUGUAUAUGUACAGAGUAAGGGGCCGAUUGCCAGACAGAGAGAGAUGAGAUUUUGCAAACUUGAAGGAACAAAAAAUACUGUGAUAAAGUGUAUUAUACAGCUAUAGUGUGUCUUAAAAUAAAAAUAAAAGGUUGAAUUGCUGUGACUGUAGUGAAUGUACUAAAGCCAUAGAAACUAAGAUACCAUGAAGUCUGGCUCAAAUGGAGUGUAAUUCAGGAAUUAGGGAAUAUUAUUUUAACAUACUUGAUACUUUCUUUUAAAUGUCUUUUAGAGUUUUUGAAUAAAAGGUGGUCUUAUUUUGUUUUUUUACCAGGAUGGUUGUGUUCAAUCAACAGAAUUACCUAAAUUAUGAACAAGUACAUAUUGUGUUUUGGAGUCAAUAAAAAACCAGUGUAUAGUUGUGUUGAUGCAAUUUAGUUACAGUUUUAAUACUCACAUAAUUUGAACAACCCUGUUGAUAGGGAAAACCUUUCCUUGUUUUGUUAAGGUAUUUUCAUUUUCUGUUGAAUGAAAGUCAAACUUUACAUAAUCUUUAUUUUGAUCUAUUAAAAGAUGCAUAAAUAAUGCAAAUAUUUGCUCAGA